AUGCAAGUUAACAAUAAUAAUGACAGCAAUGGUUACAAUCCAGUCCAACAUGAAACCUCCAUCAAAAGAGAGAGAAAGGGCGCAAAUUUCGAUUUUUUAGAGCUUCUUUGGGCCGGUCCAGUACUUGCAAUGAUUAAAUUUAUACCAGUAAGACCAAAGAUUCAAUGGACUCUCUUUUCAAUUACAUUAGCAGGAGCAUUCGCACAUGGUACAGUUGCAUUAAAUAAAAGUUUUAAUAAUUUUGCAGAAGAUGAUCCAAAUGUAGAUUAUAGAACCCAAAACAAUGAUAAAAAAUAA